AUGCCAGACCGUACCGCCACCACCGGGCCCGGCAACGGGCAAACAGGCGAGCCGCCGCGCCAAGCCACUUUUGUCCACCAGGACACCACAAGCGACGGUGAAGACCACGUGUAUGAGAACAACCCAGACAUACAUGUGGCGUCCUCACACAAGGGAAAGGCGUAUGAUCAUGAUGAGACCGCAUCACGCCCUGACGGAGUUUGUGGUGCAGGAGAUGCAAACUUACAUGACAAGGCAGCGAACAAAAGCACAGACUCCAGCCGCACAUUCGGCCGGUGCCACUACAUCGCCACUACCAUCGCCAUUGUCGCCCUGGUCUCUGCGUAUGUCUCUUUGAUUCUGUACAUGGACGCUCGGUUCCAAAAAAUGGAAGAGCGAGUGAACAUCACCGUGGCAGUCGCAGUGAGCAACGUCUUGGAGCAGCGUCUGCACGAGAUAAAAUCAGCUUUCCCUGUUGAACCACGCGAACCGAAUGUCACCCAUGACAUAUGUGUUGGACCACCCGGACCAAAGGGAACAGCUGGAUCCCCUGGGAAGGCUGGUUCACCUGGGUCGAUCGGACCAGUGGGGCCUCCUGGGAAGACUGGGUCACCUGGGUCUAUCGGGCCGGUGGGGCCUCCUGGGAAGACUGGGUCACCUGGGUCUAUCGGGCCGGUGGGGCCUCCUGGGUCUAUCGGGCCAGUGGGGCCUCCUGGGAAGGCUGGGUCACCUGGAUCGAUCGGGUUAGAGGGCUCUCCCGGGAAGCCUGGGUCAACUGGGCCGAAGGGGCCGAAAGGAACAGCUGGGUCCAAAGGACAAGAUGGGCAACCUGGGCCAAUGGGCCCUCCUGGGGAGAGAGGGCCACCUGGGCAAAAGGGUUCUCCUGGGCGGAGUGGGCCACCUGGGCCUCCCGGAGAAAGUGGCUCACGUCGGGAAUCGGGAUCCCAUAGAUGGGGUGGGAGGCAUGGAGGCUGA